AUGUCACACAACAGUAAGGCCAAGGCCAAAGGUAUCAGUGCAACUUCAUUCUUUGAUCUCAAGGCGGAAACAUCCAAGUGGGAAGAAGAACUUGCAAGAAAUAAAGCAGCUGGUAAAAGUACCGCAAUUGUUGGAGGCGUAUCUCGACCUAACAAGAAACCCACUAUAUGGUCAAGAGCCAACAAGGGGGUCAACGAACGACAUGCGCGAGAUUUGGAGUUGGAGGCUAUCAGCAAACCGACGCUCGAAUCUGCAAAGGCGAAAUUGGAAAGAAAGGCGAAGAUAUAUGACAAACUCAGGAAAGGGAAAUCCGGGGGAUUGUCUGAAAAACAAUACAAGUCUCUUUUGGUAGAUUUUGAAUCCAAAGACAUGCCCGAUAGGUUUGAAUCAGACAGCGACGAUGUAGACGAGUCUUUGCAUGUUCCUCAACCUCCAAUGGAUGCAGAUGAUGAAAUAGUCGAAUACGAAGACGAGUUUGGUCGUGUAAGGACUGCUCUCAAAUCCGAGGUACCGCGCGAGUUCUUGAAGGAGAAGGGAGAGGACAACGAUGAUGACGACGAGGAUAUUGUAAUCAGUGAGACCCCUCUCUCGUGUACUAUUGUGUGCUGA